AUGCAGGGGUCGGGUUCGCCGCAAUCGACGCGUAAGAUUGACCCUGUAGAUGGGAUCGACGACGAGGGCAGGAAUGAUUUGGGAGCGACCGCCAGUGAAGGAGGCUUCUCUCCCCUUCUCCGACUUGGACUAGUCUUGUCGGUGUCGGCGGAGCAGUUCGACGCAGAUAGAAGGCGUCCCCGAAUCGAUUUUGGGAGAACGUCGGAGGAGGAGAUCGAGGGAGUUUUCUGUUUACCAGACGUCGGAGGGAAGGAGGAGAUCGAUUUUGAACAAGCCACCGUCGUCGUCCCCUGUUUACCAGACGUCGGAGGAGGAGAUCGAUUUUGA